AUGUCGUCAACCAGCCCCCGCAAGUCAAUUGAUAGCCUGGCAUCCGGCGCAUCGACCCCUGUUCUUUCCCACUACUCGACACCCCAGCUGGAGUCUCCGCGGGUUCCCCCACAACGGUACCCCCUGAGGAGGGGAUCUACGGCAAGCUCGAUUGUGAGCAUCGGAGGAAUCUUGGAUACUUCUCAAUAUCAUACCUCAAUCUCCGAGUCGGGUCAGAAUGCCAUUUCGUCUCUUCUCCAGGCGCCCAUAGUCCGCACCGGUUUGACCCCUCAUACUGCCGUUUCGUCUACCGGAUAUAAGCCCCCGUCCUCUCGUGACAUCCCGCCAGUUACCUUGACAAAUAUCGCUCAUUGGGAUCCCUAUACGAAGUCUUUCACCAAUCGAGAGAAGCUUCUGGCGAAGAUAAUCAGCAACCGUCGGGUAUCAAGUCCCCCCCAAUUCGAAGAUACAGACUCUUUAAAACCAUGGAGUCCCGAACGGAGAUCUUCAGUGAUGUCGACUAGCUCUCGCCCCACCUCACCUUAUAGUCCACGCGGCCGACGUUCUUCGAGUGGGCGUGGGCGUGGUCCUGCCGUGACGCCACUAUCGACCAUUCCACAGGUUUACUUUGACGAAGACUUUCAUCUUGAAAACCCCCGCACUUUCGAUGUGAUCUCAGAGAAAUCAGAGGUGGUUAGACCCCCGCGGCCCCCAGUCAAGGACGAUGGAAAUGCCAACGGCGGUGCCCCUGAGCCGGCACAAACAGGGAGAAAGGCGCUGGCCACGAAUGCUAUUCUUCAAGAAAAGCUUUCUUGGUACAUGGAUACAGUCGAGAUACAUCUCAUCUCGUCAAUUUCUACUGCAUCAAAAUCCUUCUUCACGGCCCUUGGCUCCUUGCGAGAAUUGCACGCGGAAGCGGCUGACUCUGUGCAACGCAUCCAGUUAUUGCGACGGGACCUGCAAAAAAUUGACAAGGAAAUGGCUCUUGGUGGUAUGAAAAUUGUGAAUCUGAGAAGACGGAGGGAGAAUGUGCGUAUGCUGGCUGCUGCGGUAGCUCAGCUUCGUGAUGUAGUCGGGUCAGUUUCUCGCUGCGAGGAAUUGAUGGAGCAAGGUGAUAUCGAAGUUGCUGCCGAUGAACUCGAGGAAGUGGAGAAGUUGAUGGCCGGCGAGAAGGUAUCAAGUCACCCUGUGGACGGGGAUGACCAAAACCUCCCACGCCAAGCUAUUGAUCUCAGAAGACUUAGGGCGCUUGAAGGUGCAUCGGAUGAUCUUUCUCAGUUGAGGCAGCGAAUUGGAAUGGGAUAUGAAACUCGAUUUUUGAAUGAUUUGCUUGGAGACUUGCGAAAGCAUGUGGAGAAUGUAUCUUCAGAUAUUACUCUGCAACGCUGGGGUGCCUCCUUCCAGCGCCAACGCGGUGGUCAGCGCCCUGUGUCAAUGGUAUCUCCGGCAUAUAUGAACAUUGACAGUGAACUGCGAUCCCAGUUGAACACGCAACUCACUGGGCUUGCUCGGGCUCGCUACACGACUCCUGCAGCUACUUCAUUCAAAAGUGCCGUUCUACGCGAGAUGAAAGGACUUAUACGGAAACACUUACCUAGCUCCAGUGACGACGAUAACGAAUCAAUGGUUUCGAUAUCGACACACAGUGACCGCCAACGGAGUCAGCAGGAGAAAUCAUCUACUCUCGCACGCAAUCUCCGUGCUCUUGACUCGGAAGAUGCCUAUACCAUGUUGGUUGGAAUCUACACGGGAAUCAGCGAGUCUUUGCGUCGACUGAGUGUCCAAGUGAAGAUUCUUUUGGACAUUGCUAGUGGACUCGGAAGUUCCCCAGUGACUGGUGUGAGAUCUCCACCUCGGAGCCCCAAUCCACAGAGUCUCGACCAGAUCACGAGUGGGUCAUCGGUUUCUGCCAUGGCACAAGAUGAGAUCCUGCAGGUCUUGGAUAUGUCUAGUCUUCUUGGCCAGGCGGUCGACAUAGCCCAAUCCCAGAUCACCAAGGUACUCAAAGUUCGCUCAGAACAGACUGCGCAACUCUCCAAAGAAGAUUUCUUAAGAUACUUUACCCUCAAUCGCCUUUUUGCCGACGAGUGCGAAGCUAUUUCUGGACGAGGCGGAACCGCACUUAAAACAAUUGUCGGCAACCAAAUCCACGAUUUCAUCAACCGCUUCGGCGAUUCGCAGCGCCAUCAUAUUGUUAAGCUUAUGGAUGCAGAUCGAUGGGAUGCCAGUGACUUUGGAGAAGGUGAAAAUAUCAUUCUUAAUCGUAUUUUGGAUGCAAGCACCAAGGAUAUCGAGGCAUGGGUGGAAGUUUCCAAGAUCUGGAUUCCGCAGAAUGAACAGUCACAGGCCAAAUCACCGGACGCCAGUGCACCCGCGAACGGGAAUAGCAAGGAUAAAGUGCGUACUGCAGUCAUUGAUGACCAAAAGCACAUUCUGCCUGAGUCGGCAAUGGCCAUGAUGCGCAGCAUGGAGGAAUUUGAAUUCCUCAUGGCGAACAUCCCAAGCAUGAUCCAAGAUAUUGCCCCGCAGCUUCUAGAAAUCUUGAAGCAAUUCAACUCUCGAUCUGCUCAGCUUAUUCUGGGCGCGGGUGCUACGCGGAGUGCCGGAUUAAAGAACAUUACGACCAAACACCUUGCUCUUUCUUCCCAAGCAUUGAGUUUCGUCAUCGCCCUGAUGCCGUAUGUUCGGGAGUUUGUCAGGCGUCACGGACAGUCGAACCAGGUUAUGGCCGAGUUUGAUAAGGUCAAGCGGCUUUGCCAAGAGCAUCAGAACCAAAUCCAUGAAAAGCUCGUGGAUAUAAUGAGCUCUCGUUCAUCGCUCCAUGUCAAUGCUAUGAGAAAGGUCGACUGGGAUGCAGAGGGAGAUUCACCGGAUGUCCAUCCAUUUAUUGAAACUCUUGCCAAGGAGACCGGCACUCUUCAUCGCGUUCUCAGCAAACAUCUUCCUGACAUGACCGUCGAUAUGAUCAUGAUACCAGUGUUCAACAGCUAUCGCGACCAUUGGGUGAGGGCGUUUGAAGAAGCCGACGUCAAUACAGAGCGUGGCAAGAAAAAAAUGCAAAAUGAUAUCGAACACUUGCAAAUCAAAUUAAGCAAAAUAGAAGGUUCAAAAGAGCUGACCGCUAAGCUGCUUGAGAUUGUCAACUCGAAGUCCAUUGCCACAACUACGACAGAGCCGGAGAAGGCUGAGAGCGGAAGCGACAAAUCAGACCAAGAGAAAGGAUCUGAUGCAGCAGCAGCAUGA